AUGGGUGCUCGGGUCGUACGAAUGAUAAGAAAUUUCAAUCUAGAAAACAGGAUUGAACGAGAAAUGGCUAAGGAAAAGCCUCGGUCUGCACCGAGGCACAAGUUAACUCCUGCAAGCUCCACUGGUCACAAUAAUGUUUCAUUACCUGAAGAAGAUAUAUUGGGUGCUGUCCACCAGAAGAACAACCCUCUGUUAAAGAAUUUGAAGUCUGUGUAUGUGGACUCGAAAGAUACAGAAGCAGGAACGGUUAAGCUACUGAAGGAGGCGUUAGUUGAUGAAGAAGCGAAGACUCGUCCAAUGAAGUUCUUUCUUCCGGGCAACUUGCAUGGCUUUUCAAAUCUGGAAAACAUUCCUUGCGGCAAACUGACCAUCACGGAGGCCCUCAAAGCCCUCAGCAGACAUCAGAGUCAGCCUCAAAUAUGGACAUCGCAGAAGAUUUCUGAAGAAUACUCUUUAAAUUUGACAGAAACAAUCUCUUUUCUUGAAUUUUUCAUCCCAUUUCAAAUUCAGAUUAUCCCACCAAAGGUUGAGGAUGCUAAACAGUUGAAGGCUUAA